AUGGCGUCCAGCCUCAAUGAUCCAAAGCUGCUGUACGCCAUUACCGGCGUCUCGGCAUACCACAUAGCCAAUGGCGCAGAGAGCUCUCUUACACCGGCAGGUCCGCAGACGCUGUCGCUCCUGAUGGUCCCAACGGCGUCUCCAUUCGCCGACAUGUCGAUUGACGGCAACCAUCCGGAUAGCGGCGGUCAAGGGCAGGAAGAGGAUUUCUAUUUACAUCUGCACCUGCCACCUGAGCUCGACCUCCCUCUUCCGGCGACCACUCAGAUCUACCACCAGCCGCCGAGCAGCUACUUGAUCCCGCGCUGGGAUCUCGGCCGCAACAGUGGUGUCUUCACGCGCAUUGAGUUCCCGGCGGUGGGCAGCCGCAAAGGUCUGCAGGAGGAUGUCGACACAUUUGAAACCAUCUUGGCCCAGUGUACCGCAUUCCUCGAGCGCGCACCACCACCGAAGAUUUCGUCCCGCAAAGACAAGCCUUCAAAGGCACCCGGGUCGUCGUCUGCGGCAGCUGUUGCAAGAGAAUCUGCCGCUGGUGCUUCAGGCUCAUCUUCUGGCCGGUAUCAGUCAGGGAGUGGCGAGAAACAAGGGUUUGGCGAAAAGCAGCGCGCUUCGGCUUCUCGGUCGUCGCGGUCGGCCAUUUCCGAGGACUUGCCAGCCUACAACCCGGCAGCGUUCAAGCCCGGCGAAGCAUAUGCGGCAGGCAGCCAUAGCUCACAGGCCGGGGGCCAGCUUGUUCUCAUCGACGAGGAAGACGGCAGCGUCAUCGGCGAACUGGGUGACCAUUACCAAGUCAUUGAAGACAAGUCCCUGAUGCCAGGCUCCAAAGAACCCGUCGAAAUUACGCUUCCCACGGAAGCCGUCCCCAGCAUCUCCGUCGCGCCCGCAUCGCACGAAUAUGUCGAGACUUUGCAUCCCGCCUACCAAAAGUCCUCUCUCGUGGCCAAUGCCGCUGCUGCUUCGCGUCUCAUUGUCACAACAUCUGAGCUGGUGUCCAAGGCGUUGCAAAACCAGGCCGACAAGUUCGCCGAGAAGGCCGUUCCCUCGAACAAGCCCAUAACGUUCCAGCCCUCGACACAUGAACACAUUCGCCGUAUCAAUACGUUCUCUGCGGGCGCAGCAGGUCUUUCUGCCAAGGCAGUCGGCCAGGUCGGCAAAGUGGCGCAGAACCUGGGAGCCAAGCUGGCCGGCCACAAGGCUCACGACAGCAUCAGCAGCACGGGAAGCAGUACGGCGUACAGUGGCAAGUCCCGCCGCCAGCCUCCGACUGGAAUGGGUCCCGAUGGGCAGCCCAUCAACGAAUUCCGCCCUGGCCUGCUCAACAAGAGUCUGAUGGCCUUUUCGACGGUCGCCGACGGUAUUGAACAGGCCGGCCGUCACUUGCUAGACACGUCCUCGAAUGCCGCCACAACCGUAGUCUCCUCCAAGUGGGGAAGCGAGGCGGGCGAGGUUACGCGCAAUCUGACUGGCGGCAUCAAAAAUGUCGGCCUCGUCUAUAUUGACGUCACUGGUGUGUCGCGUCGUGCGCUUAUCAAGAGCGUGGCCAAGGGCAUGGUCAUCGGUCACGUCCCGGGUGGCGGCAACCUAGUGGUAGGUGGUGGUGACGGCGGCGGACCUGUGAUUUCGCCGACCGGCUCGCCGCCUCCACUGCCGCCCAAUCGCCCGACGUCCAGCACCCCCGAUCCUCGGGGCGGUAAUGAUGGCCGCAACGGCGGCGAGUCUACUAGUGGCCACGACAGUAGCAGCAGCAGCACCAACCCCAGUGCCCCAGUAAGCCGCGUGCGGUCAACCCACGACUUUGCCGACAACAACCCAUACCGGGGACGUUGA